AUGUUUAAUCUAUCACCGGUUAUGCAAGGGGAAGUAUCAAGUUGGACGCCUGGGGAGCAGCCAAUCAAAGGGAUGGUAUUUGUGACUAAAUUGGCGGUGCGAUAUGCGUUGACCUGGUACGCAGUGCGAGAGAAUUUUAGCUUCAAAACUGAGCAUUCAAACUCAGAAAGGCUUAUGGUGAGUUGCGAGGAUGAUUCCUAUCCAUGGUCAGUUCGUACGAUUUGUUGCAAGGGAGACAAUGUCUGGAAGAUCGCAAAAUGCAAGGGCCCCCACAUGUGUGACAAAAUUCAGAAUGCUCACGAUGGUCGGAUGAUUGAUUCGGCGUUCCUAGCAUAUGUACUUGAGCGCUAUAUACGAGAAGACCCAGCAUAUAAGAUAAAGAACUUACGCCACGUUGCUUUGGCAGACUUAAAACACAAAGUAUCUCACUACAAGGUAUGGGAUGCCAAACAAAAGGCCGUUGUAGCUAUAUACGGGGAUUUUAAGGAGUCUUAUGAAGAGUUGCCGCGUUUUUUGGCAGGACUUAAGGAUGCAAGUUCGGGUACAAAGUAUAAGUUACUAGUGGACGAUAAUUAUGAACGGGGAACCUGUACAUUCAAGUCCAUAUUUUGGGCGUUUUAUCCAUGUAUUGUUGGGUUCAAGAAGUGUAGGCCUGUGAUUAGCAUUGAUGCAAUCCACCUGUAUGGAAAAUAUAAAGGGAAAUUGAUGAUUGCAAUGGCAACAGAUGCUAAUAAUAAGAUUUAUCCACUAGCCUUCGCCGUUGUCAAGAGUGAGAGCACAAAGACUUGGGGUUGGUUCUUAGCUUAUAUAAGAAGUAACGUCAAUAGUAGAUGGAGUAAUGAAACUUUAAAGAAUCUAGUAUGGAGGGCAGCAAGUGCUACCCAGGAGCGAAAGUUCAAUGCCACCUUCGAUUUAAUUGAGAAUAUCAAUCAAGAUGUGCACCAAUAUCUGAAGGAUGUGCCCAAAGAGAAAUGGGCUCUAACUUUUGACAACGAUUACUGUUAUGGGGCGAUGACUACAAAUGUCUCCGAGUGCUUCAAUGGUGUUCUAAAGGGUGCUCGUAGCCUGCCUAUUACGGCAAUGGUGAAAUACACAUGGUUCAAACUGAAUGCUUACUUUGAUGAUCGUCGCAAUAAGAGCAUAGAGCAGUUGAAUUCAAGAAAAAAAUAG